CGGAGUUGAGUGACGUGGUUCGGGGGAAGAAAGAGAAAGGGAGUUUCUUUCGGUGUUGUCUGGAUCUCAGUCUCCUUUCGGAGGGUAGCUUUACAGUUCGGAUUCGUCAUUACGUUCAGUGCUAUUUUUCUUUUUCCUCCAUACCUUCAGUAGAGGAAUCGACACAUUUCUGCCUUGACGUGGCUGUUGGAGCUAUAAUACGAGUGGUCUCUAAUCGUCUGAAGAGAAGCAACAGAGUAAUUGAGCUUCUGGGACGCCCAGGUGAUUCCAAGUGUGAGUCAUAAUGAAGCUUUACAGCCUGAGUGUCCUCUAUAAAGGGGCAACCAAAGCCAACCUGCUCAAAGGUGCCUAUGAUUUAUCCUCCUUCAGCUUCUUCCAGAGGUCCAGCUUACAGGAGUUCAUGACAUUCACCAGUGCCCUUAUUGUGGAGCGCUCUUCUAAAGGCAGCAGAGCAUCAGUCAAAGAGCAAGAUUACUUGUGUCACGUGUACGUGCGUAAUGACUCUCUGAGCGCGGUGGUGAUCGCUGACAACGAGUAUCCCUCCAGAGUCUGCUUCACACUCCUUGAUAAGGUGUUAGAUGAGUUCUCCAGACAAGUGGAUAGCAUAGACUGGCCCUCUGGCUCUCCUGCUACAAUCAACUACACUGCUCUGGACAGCUACCUUGCCAAAUAUCAAAACCCUAGGGAGGCAGACGCUAUGUCCAAAGUUCAGGCUGAGCUGGACGAAACCAAAAUUAUUCUGCACAACACAAUGGAGUCCUUGUUGGAGAGAGGAGAGAAGCUGGAUGAUUUAGUGCAGAAGUCGGAACACUUGGGAAACCAAUCCAAAGCCUUUUACAAGACUGCCCGGAAACAGAACUCCUGCUGUGAGCUGAUGUGAUGGCGUGGGACAGGGCUGCAGGACCUGCCUCUCCUGGAUGUCUCUGGCCUUCAUGCCCUGCCCUCCGGCACAGCAGACACAGAAGCUCUGACCUGUCCUCUGGGUGGGCCAGAGGGCUUUGGGUGGGGGUGGAGGAGGAACAGAGCUCUGGGGGGGGGGUGAACUCUCAGUUUGUUUCCCAUUUCAUAAAGCUUUACCCCCCGCCCCCAAGAAAAACAGACUUGACAUACUGAGGCAGAGGCCCUAGAGGCAUUAAUGAAAGUCGGACUUUUUUUUUUGUUUGUUUGAUUUAACUCAGUCUGGCAAAAGUGGUUUUAAAUGGAUCGGAUAGAGAAAAGGUGGCUCAUUUGUAGGACUGUGCCACAUUCCAUUUUUUUAAAAACAAUUGUGUGCGCCUUCUCUGAAAGUCUGGUAUUUACAGUCUACAUCUGAGUCUGCAAGGCUGGAAUUGAGUUGAUUGAAAGCACUGUUCUUGGCAGAGCUAAGACAACACUUGUGUCCCAUUCAUUAAAAAAAAUGAAUGUUUUGUGCCCAAACAUUCAUACAAAGCUGCAUGUGCUUGUUGUUUCAUACACUAACACGGAGGUGGCCGACCCUGGUCCUGGAGAGCCAAAAUCCAAGUCACCAAUUUGAAAAUGCUUGAAGAAUUGAUAAACGUGACUUGUUCAGUUAAAGAUCAUUUGAAAUAUAUAUAGUAACACGGUAGCUCACAAGUGCCACAUUUGGUCAUUUCUGACUGAGCUGAAUUAACUUAAUAAAUUGAUCCAAACUCACAAGUCUUUAUGAAUUAAUGAGAUCUGCAGGGCUCAGCUCUCUAGGGCCAGGGGUGGUCUGGGACCUUUGUGUUUUAGCUAUACAUCCGCUUCCAGUUAAAGCUCUUGAUCUGUAGGUUUUUGUAUUACAUAUGCUUAAACAUCCAGUCAGAAUGGGUACAAGUCAGAGAUUGUCUUUAUAUUUGAAGGGUAAGAUUGGAAUUAAAAUAAUCUCAUGAUUUCUGAACAAAUUAAAAAAAAUUGCUAAAUUCAUAACUAAGUUUUGCUCCAAAAAGCCUGUGCUUUAACCUGACUGGGUUCUUCUUAUACAGGCAAUUCAUUGACAAUUUAAGAGCUAGGGAUGGAAAUUUAUACUUAAGUAAUUUAAAAAUAUCUAGGACUUCAGAGAGCACAGACCAGCUUGGAUAUUUUUCCCCAAGCAGAAAAAAAAACUCAGUAGCAUUAUGUUGUUGAGGCACAGCUCAAAAUGUAAUUCUGAAGUAUGGCUGAGGAUUGUCUUUGUGGUGUCCAAUACUGAGCCUUCUUCUAGUAGUACAUGAUGGAGAAAGGACAAUGCUUUUAAAACCACAAAGCCUCUUACUUUUCAAGAGAGCGCUUUCAGCCUUUUCUUUUGUUUUGUGUGUUACCAAUAAUGACCACUAGGUGACUCUGUUUCCUAGUCUUCAAACCAUGUUAUCAAAGUUGAAGGUGUUCCAUCCAGGCCUUGAUUUACAUAAUUUCUCUGUCACCUUUUUGUGAACAGUGGAGCAUCAAGGAAACACAUCAGCUUCUCCUGUCCAAAUCUCUCCUCCAUUAUUACCUAUGUCAUGGUUAUUUGGAGUGGGAGGUUGAGGUGUCAGGGGCUAGACAUGUUUCUAAUAAAACUUAGUCGAAAAAGAUUCUAGUGUAAUGCUUAAACAUAUUGCUUCCGUGUAACAUGCUAAACAAGGUUUAAUUUUUAGGAAAGGAAGUGUCCUUUUAAAUAGCUGAAUGGCUUCAGAGCAUUCAGAGCACUAGAAAAAGCUAGCAGCUUUUGGUUCUUUUUCCUCAAUCUUUUGUAUAAACUAGUAGAGCUGUAUUUUGGAAACAUUCCUAGAUGCCUUUAACAAUUUAACUAUUGAGAAUAAAUGGUAGAAACUGAUUAUUUAAUAGAGCUCUCUUAUUAAACAAAAGGACAAAACAGUUAGAUUUACAAAAUAGCACAUGAGGCAGGUAAAGGGGUGAAACUCAUUGUAGAUCUUACACAAAGCCUUUCUAAAGAAUGUUGGUUCACUCAAUUUGGAUCUGCUCUUUUUCUCUCUAUGGUACUUGUACUGGUCCUUGCCUCAGCGGCAGACUAGACUGUGUAUAUCUCUAAAGCCGUUGUUUUCAAUUUGUACUGUACUGAGUGGUCGUUUCUUGCACAUCUGCCCGUUCCCACUUCACUGUUGCUGCAGCAGGCUGUUGUGUUGUUUCUUCUCGGGCUGUCGUCUACCUUGCAGACUUGUCCGUCUGCCAGGGAUUGUGAUAAAAUGGUUCCUUGUGAUUCCUUGGAAUUCACAUCUAAAGCAACUCCAGGCUGUUUAAUGAUUACGCGGCUAUCCUUCGGGUAUAAAACAGUGCUCCACUUUGUCCACUGUGCAUGUUGUUGAAAUAUCACAGUUUGUACAAUUAUGUAAGUGACUGUGACCAGUGAACUAAAGGGACUGAAAUCAAGUUGAAUGUCUGUUCCCUUGGCACAUUGAUGUAAUACAUAUAAGCCACUUUAGUAAGUGGACAAAAAUAUCUUAUUCUAAUGUAACACUCAGCUUUCCUAGACUUUUCCCAGGUCACAUUAGAAAUAAUUUUCUACAGGGGUGUCAUUAUUAUUCCCCCUUUUUUCUGAGACAAUUUACCCUGUUAAAAUAGCAAAGCAGCUGUAAUUAUUUUGAGUUAAAUUUCAGGAGUGUGUCCAGCAUAAUGGGCAGUCUUCAUCAACAGGGCGUACAAAGGCCAUUGAAAGCUGCUGGGCUUUAGCCUGUGUCUCACUGUUUCCCCUCCUCUACCUCUUUCCUCUCAUUCAGCUCUGAGACGUCACUUCUCGAGGAGUCUGUGCAGGAAUUGCAAACUCACCAUGGACUUACCUAAAACAUUCAUAAUGGCGUGUGCACUUCAAAAUAUGAAAAAAGCAAUAUACAGAAAGCAGAUGUUAACUUAAAAUCAUCCAAACUAGGUUGCCUUUACAGGUCAGGUCUUGUGUGUUACUGGUUCACAGCUAUUAUAACACCUUGCUGCUUCCAUUGAAAUGUGUCUAACAGUACUGGCUUGUUUACCAAGGGUUCUGCUUUUUAGUCUAGAUGGGUGUGGUAUGCGAUAGAUUUAACCUCUUUCAGUUUGUCUCUUCUGAUUAGUGAGAUUGUGCGCUGUUGUUCUCGGGGAAGCCAAAAAGCUUAGAAAUAAAGAAAAUGGACUUAAAGCAGCAAUCUGCUUAUCAGCGACAUUAAAAUUAAAUGCAGUAAAAAGUCUUAAACUGUUUCUCAUGGGUUGUAAGGAUGGGAUCAGGAGUUGAGGGACCUACAUUUUUGAUUUACAGGAGACAGCUGUAAUAUGUUCUAGUGUUUUAACUUGCAAUCACAGAUUUCAUCACAGAAGUUCUGGGAUAAUUGUAGGACCUAGAUAUUUUUAAGAUGGUUUUACUGGAAUAACUCUGGCAAGAAAAAGUCUCAUCAGGCCUCUUUCGCCUCAAACACAAGCUUCAUAUGUUUCCGCUGUGAGUUUUUGUGUCAUUUGCUGGUGAGAGUGUAUCUGUGAGUCUGCUUACUAACAAGACAGUGUUUGUAACUUGGGUUGAAAUGACCCCGUGUUAAUUGCUAUGUAACCAUAUGUCUAUUUGUGCAAUAUUACUCUGUUCUAUAUACUCUGGUGUUGGUUAUACAGUGUUUUGCCCUCAGUAGGGCAGGGCAAGCAAAUUAUUGUAUUUGUCAGGGUUAAUGUUGUUGAGGGCAUGAUUUGACAGUCGGGUGCCUUCAAUUUGCUGUGAUCAAUCCCUCCUUUAUCUGUUAAUGCCCUGCACCUUUCUGAUAAUAGUCAUUAAGCUUGUAAAUUCAUACAUUAUUGGUAAAUAUUCUUUGGAGAAAAAUUAAGUUUGCUUCAUUUUAAACCCUGUAUUUAACAUUUUAAUUUGAUUAGCAAGCAAAAUCUCUUAGAACAGGGUAUGUUGAAGAGUUCUUUCGAUGACUUAUUGUGGUUCUUUGCGCUCCCGUUUCUGUCCACCAGUGGGCAGCACAUCUAUUAAAGUUAAAGUGGCCUAGCCCAAGACCGCACAGUCCAGCACAGAGGUCAUUCUCUCCCGAAGUAGUAUUUUUAGAUCUCAGCUCAUUUGCUGCUGCAUCUUGUUAAUCCUCCAUAAGAAUCACGGUACUCAUUAUCCUUUAGAUUGUGUUUCCUCGUUAGACACAUGUAGUGGUGAUUUCUUGUUGAGUUCUCCAUUGGACUGUGUGAAUUCCAGCUUCUACUUACAAAGCUAUAGGGAAAGAAAGGAAUGGGGUCUUUUCUGUAGGCCACUCUGUGGGAACAUGUCUCACUACUUCAGCAUUGCAGGUUAAUUAACCAUUCCACAUUUUACCACGAAACCCAGGCAGUUAAGAGAAAGUGGAAUGAAUUAAGUGGGGAGGGUAUCAGUGUUGCCUGAUGCAUCAAGACAACAUUCAUUGCAUUAUGAGUUUCUCUAUGUAGUUGACACACUUCUUUUUCCAGGAAGACUAACCAUGGCAAGUAACAAUUUCAGACUAUAAAAGAACUGACCAACAGUUUGCAACACAGUAAGGCAAAAAUAAGGUCACAAAUACUAGCAAACUUAAAGCUGCUACUUUGAAGUCUCUGGGCAAACUUUAAAGAAUGUGCAUUGGCUCUGGGGUAUUAUAACAGUGACCUUUUCUUGCAUUUGCAGAGAUGGGAAGGUCUGCUUUAUUACAAUAACACUGGGCGGGCAAUGUGAGAGGAGAAAACAGGAACAACUCUCUCCAAGUGCAGAAUAUUUAUCUUUGUAAGCAGUCUCUUCUGUAAUGAUUUUUAAAAAACAAACGCAAUUACUUUCUCACAAUUAGGUCUUUCUCUUCCUUGUUUUGUCUUUUGUAUAUGGAAGCUGAUUUGUAAAUGUGCUUCUUGUAGAUAAUUUAUUUGGUCUUUUUUCUAACCUCCCUGAUGGUUUGGAUGACACAUUAACAUGAAAAAGUGUUAUAAUAAGCGUUGCCUAAAGUCUCUCUAUUUCUCUCUGCUUACUGUUUACAUAUCUUGUAAUAUUGCUUAUAUAAAGUGUAUAAAAUUUGCUUUGGAAAAUG